UGUUUUUUUUUUUUGUCUUUUCACUUCUUACAUUACAACAUUUUUUAAACAUUGAUCACCCAUUUAAACUAACAUCUCGCAGCGUCUUCGCGAAAUAUCAGAUCCCUCAUCCUCGCCCUCCGCAACGAAUGAAGAGAACCCGUACCACCACCUUCGAAUUACCGUCACAAGCGGAGGCUGCCAUGGCUUCCAGUAUAUGAUGUCUCUGGAGCCCGAGUCCAAAAUCGACGCCGAGGAGGACACCGUCUUUGAAGCGGAGUCACCGGCGGACGGCGGUUCCGGCGAGGCCAAAGUCGUCAUGGACGAGCCCUCGCUGGAGCUCUUGUCCGGAAGCACGGUCGACUACACCAUGGAACUCAUCGGCAGCCAGUUCACGAUUGCCAAUAACCCGCGUGCGACGAGCAACUGUGGCUGCGGAACCAGUUUCGAUGUGAAUGAUUGAUUUGGGAGACCUCGUCAGUUUGCUAGGAUUAAAGACUUAGCUUAGUUUCUUGUAUAUCAUGUAACUCGGGAUUAAAUAUUGCAGGAUAGAAUAAUAUACUAUACCCCUCUUUUUCAGCACA